AUGGUUUUCGGUGGUAUAAGGGAUACGUUGAUCAAACCGGUCCUACGUCCAUUUACACCAAUUUUAAAACCAAUUCUUCGUCCUGCAUGUGCAGUGCUUAACUACGGAGGCAUUAACAGUGCAAAAGAUCGUCGUGGAGCCGCUCAAGGUGAAGUGAAUGCUGCUAGAGAACAGUUGGCUAUUCGUCGGCAAGAACUUGAAAGGCAACGUUCCGAGUACAACAGUUUUCAAGAUCAAAAGUCUCUAGCAGCUGCUCAGUUGCACACUCUCUCAACAAAUCUUGCUCAGUUGCAAACUCGACAAGCUGCUUUGGCUAAUAUGAUAAAAGAUAUACGUAAAGUGGUGAUGCAUCUUGCAUCCUUCGUAAAAAAAUCAUCCGUUCUGUACGACGAGCUUAAAGAUUUGGUUAGCUUCGAAGCUCUGGUCAAACCAUUAAAUGCUAUUUUGACGGAUUUAAUUGACAAUGGUGUAACAGCUCAUACAAUCGCUGGAACUACUCAAAUUUCCUUGGCAGAAAUUAAGACGAUUAGUGAUACCCUUGAUUUUAUCAAAGCCCGAUUGCCUUUUUUGGACGAAGACUAUUCCAGUGUUUGCUAG